AUGUCCUGCAACAACAACAAGACAGAGGAAUUCCACAUCAGUGAGAUCCCAAGUCUCCACGGCUACGUAGCCAUUGUCACUGGCGGCAACUCUGGUAUCGGCUACGAGACAACCCUACAACUCGCCAAGCGAGGCGCCCGUGUAUACAUCGCUAGUCGAUCCCAAGAUCGCGUCAACAAGGCCAUCUCGGAUAUGAAGCAUGACGCAGGUCCUCUAGACCUUCACUUCCUCAAGCUGGAUCUGCAAGAUCUCCAGAGCGUCAAGGUCACCGCUGCGGAGUUUAUGAGCAAAGAGCCUCGUUUGGAUAUUUUGAUCAACAAUGCUGGUAUCAUGGCAUGCCCCUACGAGUUGACCAAGGAUGGCUUCGAGAUCCAAUGGCAGACUUGCUUCCUUUCUCACCAUGCUCUCACUCUGUCGCUUCUACCGGUUCUACUCGCUGCAGUCCAGGCUAGCGGCAACAUGAACCGUGUACGAGUGAUCAAUGUCGCCAGUGAUGGUGCUUUCCUCAUGGGACCGAAGAGCAUCAACUACGAGGACCCCAACAUGACAAGUCUGACAGGUGCAACGGCGCCAUGGAGGAGAUACGGCCACUGCAAGCAAGCCAGCAUCAUCGCCGCCAAGGCAAUCACCGACCGCUACCGACCGAGCGGCAUCAUGGUCUUCUCAGUGCACCCCGGCAUCAUCAAGUCGAACCUACAGAGCCACGAUACCAGUUUCCUCGGAACUUUGUCCCGCACAGCCAUGAAGAUUGCUCCUACGUCAACUCCCCUCGACGGCGCAAGAACCUCGCUGUUCUGCGCCACAAGUCCGAGGGCCGUUUCGGCAGCUGGCCUUUACCUGGUUCCUUUUGGAAAGGUCGAUCCCAGGGCCAACAAGUGGUUGAACGACGAUGAGGCAGUGGAGAAGCUGUGGGAGUUGGCCAGCACUCAGCUCAAGAGGCACGGGUUCGCUAUCGAGGACUUGCCCAAGUAUUCGGUUUGA